AUGGACAGAGUUUGGGUGGCGGGUAGUCUUGAAGAUAUGGGGCAGAUAUAUCAUGGCUUAAGUUUAAAAAGCAAGAGCUAUGUUUUGAGAAGAGAAAUCAAGCAAUGA